AUGCGGAUCAGCCCCCGCGGUCAGGCCAGGUACAAGAAGGGAGGUCCAAUCAUUGCAGUGCAGGUGGAAAACGAGUAUGGUUCAUAUGCAAAGGACGAAAGUUACAUGCUGUUUAUUAAAGAGGCUUUACAGUCCAGAGGGAUCAGCGAGCUCUUGCUCACAUCAGACAACCACAACACAUUAAAGUCUGGAGGUGUGGAUGGAGCCAUCAGAUCAGUGAAGCUGCAGAAGCUUAAUCAGAGAGAUAUCCAGGAUCUGAACUCUCUCCAGCCUAACAGCCCCAUGAUGGUGAUGGACUACUGGACCGGUGGAUAUGAUGUGUGGGGGGACCUCCACCAUGUGCUUCCUCUCGAGGGUUGGAGCCUUGCCACUAUUGCCAGAGGUGGCACAUGA